AUGACCCCGAUGCCCAACUUCUCUCGUCCACAUGCGAACCAGCUGUCACAGAGCGUUGACAACAAGAAUGACUACUUUGGCACGCACGUCGCCCAGCGAGAUGGGCCUGCGUCUCCAGCUCGAGCAUAUAUACCCGCGAGGCCACUUCGACCGGACGCACCUCAGACGCCGCCCGCUCGACCUCGACGACCACAGACACCACCGGCUCGUUUCCAAGGCCCUCACACACCAUCAACUCGCCCUCAAGACCCUCAGACACCACUGAACCGGACAUACGCUCCUUACACGCCAACGACCCUGAGGUAUGGCCCCCCGACUCCAGCACCUAGCUCGUACACGCCAGCACAAAAGUCCAGUCCAUACACACCACGGAGAUCUCUUCCAUACGUACCGAGACAAUCAUCCAGUCCUUAUACACCAGGGCAAUCGUCUAGUCCUGAUACACCAGGAGACUCCUCAGGGCCUGACACACCAACACAUCCGGCUGGUCCUGAAACGCCAACAAAAUCUUCUGGUCCAGGCGUAGGCACCAUGUGGGCACUCUCAUACGGAGACCGGCGCGACGAGUCUUCCAACAGUCUCAAUUCAAGCUUCUGCAGCAAGGGGAACCUGGCUACCUCCCAACGAGAGACGGCCCACGAGAUUAUGGCAGAGGCGCUAUACCGCUUUGCUGACAAGGAGCGAUUCUUCUCUGACGCUCCUGAAGUGUGGAACGGAGUCGCCCUGCGAUUUGCAAAAGGAAGAUAUGUCUCUUGUCCCCAGGACGAUGCACGUCUGCGGCCUUGGAUCGCAGCGUUGGCGACGCUCAAAGUCACCGCGUCUGUAACGAUAACAUCCAAUGUCAUCAACGCCAUUAUCUCAUCCCUCUCCGACGACGCUGAAGAGCUUGCUCUCUCUGCUGAAAACCGUAUCCAAGUCGUCGAGACAAUGGCACAUUUGCACGACGCGAAAAAAGCUCAAGGUGCUGCUGUGGUCCGCAGUGAAGGCCGACUGAUUGUUUGGGCAGACAAAGUAGAAGAGCUCAUGGCGGCAGCCAAGGAAGUCGAGGCCAAGAUGGUGCAGUAUAUCUGGCAAAGAGCUACUGCCCCUUCGCCCUUGCCGCCACAGGACGGGUUCAAUGUCAGCAUCUCCACUGUGCUUGAGUCCGAUUGGAGCUCCCUGGGUCGGAUAGAAGGCGUGCGCCUAGGCCCCGGAGGCGAGAAACUCGUCACCAGCAAAGUAAGCGACGAAAAGGGCAUGGACGAUCCUGAGGCUCUCGAGACGCAUCAGGAGCGAAGCACGGUGAUGAUCGCGCCUGUUCUCCAUGGUCUGGCCAUCGCUAUGGACUUGGUCAUUUGCUCCCUCACCUUGCGUGCGCUUGCCAGCCAGACUGCGACCGACGGGACCUAUCUCAGAUGGAGCAUUGCCGUCGUGGUGCCUGCCAUCUUCGUCGUCGUCUUGUUCCUCUCGGACAGCAUCCUGACAGGACUCUGCAUGCUCGUCGGCCCUGUCAGACAGAUGAACGUCAACACAAAAUAUUACUCUAGUGUGGCGCCCAAAAGGAUGACCACCGCUCUACCUCACAUCACCAUUCAAAUCCCAGUGUACAAGGAGCCACUCAAGACUGUACUCGCCCCCACUAUCGAGUCAGUGAACAGAGCCAUCCAAACGUACGAGCUUCAGGGGGGCACCGCCUCCAUUCUAGUCUCUGAAGAUGGCCUCCUUCUUGUCGACGAUAAAGAGAGAAGCAAGAGACUCGAAUUCUACGACCUUCACCACAUUGCUUGGGUUGCUCGCCCCGGACAUAACGUGGAUGGUUUUGAAAGACGAGGCAGGUUCAAGAAAGCGUCCAAUCUCAACUUUACUUGCUCUCUUUCUCUCGCCGUCGAGAGGCUCAUGGCUGAUAAACGCCCGAAUACCUCCUUCUCGGACUGGUCACUAGCUAAGGAAAAUGCACUCUACGAAGCAUGUCUAGAGGAAGCAUUGGCACAGGCACAUCCACUGGCAGAAGCCUCGGGCAACAUUCGGAUCGGCGAACUGAUCCUACUGAUUGAUUGCGACACUCGAGUUCCGCAAGACUGCUUUCUUGACGCUGCUUCAGAGAUGUCGCAGUGCCCCGAAGUGGCAAUUUUGCAGCACUGCUCUGGCGUCAUGUUCGCAAGCGAGCGCAACAACUACUUUGAGCAGGGAAUCGGCUUCUUUACGCGCAAUGUAAACCUCUCCAUCUCCUACUGCGUCGCAAACGGGGACACUGCUCCUUUCAUGGGCCACAAUGCUUUUCUCAGAUGGUCUGCUCUGCAAGAGACCGCAGCUGCAGACCCUGACGAUGGGGUGAAGAAGAUUUGGGCCGAGUGGACAGUGUCUGAAGACUUCGAAAUGUCGAUGAGGCUCCUCAUAGCAGGCUACAUUACCCGCUGGGCCACGUACUCGAACAGUGCCUUCCUUGAGGGAGUCUCCCUUACCGCUCAAGACGAGCUCAAUAGAUGGCAAAAGUAUGCGUUUGGGGUCUCAGAGCUCCUUUUCAAUCCUAUACACAAGUGGUUAUACAAGGGUCCUUUCACACCCCUCUUCCGCAAAUACAUGUGGGUCAAGGAGAUCCCAACUCAUGCCAAAUUCGCCAGCGCCUCGUACAUGUUCUCCUACUAUGGUAUCGCUUGCGCCUUUCCCUUGACGGCAGGGCUGAUCAUCGUCCAGUCAUGGUUUGCGCCCGUACUCGAUCAAGCAUUUAUUCGGCCCUUUCAAGUAUGGGUGAGCGUCAUCAUUGUCUUCUCCGGCUUGGGCAAUCUAUCAUACAUCGUUGCCAAGUAUCGCGCCAGAACGCACGGGUUCUUCGAGAGCGUCAAAGAACACGUCACCUGGUUGUUCUUUAUGCUGCUGUUCUUCAAUGGCAUCUCCUAUCACGUGAUGACGGCACUCCUGGCACACCUCUUCUCGUAUAAUAUGACGUGGGGCUCCACUCUGAAGAGCCUCGAAGAUUCUCACUUCUUUAGAGAGCUCCCUGCGAUCUGCCGGCGCAAUUGGGUGAUGCUACUGUUGUGCACCAUCAUCAUCGCUGGGUCGGGUGUACUCCUGAGUGACCUGUUGCCCAUCGAGUGGCAGGCGCAUGGAGGCUUCUUUGUCUUCUGGCCCCUCUUUGUCCUCUACCCGGGGCACAUCCUCUAUCAUCUCCUCCUCAACCCACAGCUACUCCGCUUCUCCUUCUGA